CUAAUAUCCCUAUCAUGGCGAGCAGGUAGCAAGCGGGAUCAUGAAUCGGUCCUAUCCAAGAUGUCGCAGCACAAAAAGAAAAAAGAACCGUAACAGUAACUGCAACGUGACAACGAUGGAUCCAAGAGCAAGAUGAAGUGGAGAAUAAAAGGCAGUAAGCCCUUUUGAGUAAUGUUUAGAGUAACGCAAAUCUACUUCGCCUACCUCUCUUCAACGACAAAAAAAUGGCCAAAUCCGAGAAGCUCCUGGACCUUGCGUCCCAACUUCAAGCGGGGCAGAAGAUCCUCGCGAACUCGGAGCUGUUCGCCCGGGCGAGCUAUGCAUUGCAAAUGUGUCUGGGUCUGGAAACCUGCAAUGGUGCUAAAAGUGAAUGAUAGACGCAUUGCAAUACGCAGCUAUGCAUGACAAAUUUUUUGGCUGCCAUGUCCAUGUGUUACGUAUUCCGCAUGGCAAACUGCGUUUGUGCAUGACAGGUAAGAGGUCCUUUUCGUGCCUAUGCAACACAGAUUCUCGAGUCAUGCCAGACACGCAUGACAGACUUGCUCUCUUCCAGACCCAGACAUAUGUGCAAUUGAUACGAGCAAACAGGAGACAAAUCUCGUCGAUUUCGACGCGAAAAUGGAAGAAAUCCGCAAAAUAUCAAAUGCAAAAAUGUCUGGGUCUGGAAGAGUCAUGCUGUUUUUGCAUGACGCAGAAGGUCUGGCAUGGAAGCGCUAGCAUCACAGGUUUCGAGAAGCUUCCGCAAUGCCGAAUCCGCAUGACAAAUCCCCCAUUUUGGUGACAGAAAGUGAGCAGCUUUUGCUACCUAUGCAUGAGAGAUUUUUCUGUAUUCUGAAAUGCGCAUCACAAGUUUGUCUUCUUCCAGACCCAGACAUAUUUGCAAUCCAUACAAAAUUUUUUCCCAGGGCCGGGACAUCUUCGAGAAGAAGUUGGAGCCUCAUUUCCAACCGAUAAAAUCCGCGAUCGAAAACCUUUACGCCGAAUACAACAAGGUCCGGAAAAACAUUCUGAAAAAACAGGCCGACUUUUCCGACAAGGCUGAAUCCGAAAAGGAAAAGGGAAACAAUACACCGGAGGACUUUGAUUUGGACAAGGAAACGAAAGCGGAAGAGGAUGCCAUGAUCGGGAAGGGAAGAGCGCGUCAUAUCAAGAAGAAAAAUCCCCCCUCCCCAUAUCAAAACGGAAAUCUGUGAUGCAGAUUUGUGGCCACGAAUGAGCUUUGUCAUGCUCGAAGGCAAAAGAUGCGGACUGUAGUGCUGGUUGGCGUGGGAAAGCCUUGCAUCUUCAGCAUGACAGGAGGCAGCUGGAAGUGGGAAACAGCAUGACGAAGUGCCUGCAAACGAGGCCACGACUGCGGCUCUUGGCCUUCUAGCAAUACAAGUCGACUCGUGUAUUCAAAUACAGCAUGACAGGUUUCGUUUUCGGUAUGGGAACUGGGGGAUUUUUCCUUGCAAUACGUCAGCAGUUUGAGAAAAUCAUCUACAACAGCGGGAAACUGCAGGUUCUGCUCGGGGAGGAAAUCACCAAAGCGCGGCACUAUCCUAUGUAAAAACGUCUCCACCCCAUAGUUAAGAUGGGAAGUCAGCUAGACAAAUCAACAAGCUUUGGCUAUUGCGCAUGACGAUUUCGGCCUCGUAAUUUCGUACUGUUUAGGUAGUUCAGUAGCAUCACAGACCUUCCUAGAUAAUCAUGCUGAUUGGAGCAUGCCAAAUUCCGAAACGCGACCAGUAAAUGCUUCUCAUGGACGGGCUCCGUAUGAGAAAUAUUUUCGGGAUGCAGAUUCUCGCAUUACAAGAAUGGGGUGGACGAGACGUUUAUUUUACACAGGAUAGACAACUGACGAAACUCAUCCACCGCCUUGCGUUUGACGCGAUCCGGGAGUCGGGGGAGAUCAAGCUGCGAGAUCCGGCAAACCUGACCGCGCAGAUGACGGUGUCGGAGGGCGGAGGCGGGAAAUCGGGCGCGGACCACCCCAUCGAAAUGUCGGUGCUCGGGAAGCAGUGCCUCACCCCCUGCGGGCCGCAGCACCAGGGCACGGCCUUCGAUUGGUGUGCGGUGGAAGCGGACGAGAGUAUGAAGAGGAAGUUUUCCGUUGAUCCCAGUUUCUCCGAUCACAAACUCUACUUCGAGAACGGGAGCGUUAGCACGGAUCGAUACUGGGACUACUGCGUUCCGACGAUACGGAGGCAGCAGCUGGCCGCGACCGCUACCACGGGAUCUCUCGGCUCCGACUCUUCCGCCCGGGACAGCGUUCCCUCAGUUCACCGCCCUGGCACCUGCUUGGAUGAAUCGGAACUCAAGCAGGCGUACAGGGAUCUCGUGCAAAACAAGUACCUGAAUCACCCCAACAAGUACUUAAAACAACCCGGAUCGAAACUGCUGGACUUGAGGCGAGUCCCGAAACGGGACCAAUACAGUGUGCAAUUGCUGCUAUCCCGAUUCGACAAAGACCGGCUACAGAAAGACGAGCAGCUCCGGCAGUUCGGCACGGACGCGCCAGCGAUUUGCCAGCCGGUGCCGGUAAUUGCAAGUCAAGAAGCCGGUCAGAAUGGCAGCUCCGACUACCAGUGGCCGGUGUGUGUGGUGCGGCAGAGUCCGAGCUCCGUGGGGAGUUGGCAGAAGCACUAUUCGUGGGACUUCUGCGUGCCUAAAGCGAACCCGCCCGGGGCGGUCGAGACGGGGUUUAAGAUGUGAAGACGGACUGGUUGAUCAGGAAAACUAGUUGAAAGUCAGCGUGUAGCUGCACACGUCAUGAAAUCUAGUACAUAUACAUCUUGACAAACGCGACGAGAACUGGUGCAUGAGGAUGGACAGUGAAACUGACUCUCAGGAGCCUCAGCCUGGACCGUUUGCAGAUCAACAUCGAGACGAAACUGCCG